AUGCCUAACCAAAUGAAGAUGAUCAUGGGCAUCUGGGGCUUUGUGGACAUAUGUCUACUGGCUGCCGCUACCAUCUCUAUCGCAUUCUCCAUCAUUUGGCGGAAACCAGACUUGUUGCUCAACAUAGAACUGAGCACUCAGCACCUCAACGCGGGAUUGGUUAUGGGUAUCAUCCUGUUCAUCUCGUGGCUGAUUUCCAUCGGAGCAUUCCUCUCACCCGCAACAUCGAUUCUGGGAUUCAUCAUCUUGGAUUGGUUCCUGGUUCUCGAUAUGAUUGCCGUACUCACUGUUGGCACUAUGAUGUGGUAUUAUACCCUCCAAAUCCGCGAUAAUUACUUCGCUGUCUGGCAAGCACAGUCGACAGAGACCAGGAUAGCGGUCCAGAACAUGUUCCAAUGUUGUGGCUAUUUUGAGCCAAACGAUACCACCGUUGCCUUGGGUGGCUUCUGCGCUAAUCAGACCUUUGUGGACAGUCUGGUUGAUGCUGCAUCUGUUAACACAAAUGCUUGCGUUGGACCCAUUACCGCGGUUGCUGAGCCAACGCUCAACCAAAUCUUCACGUACGUCAUUCCUCCUUAUUCGCGUGGUUUGGUCACUGACUUGUCUUAUAGUUCCGUGUAUGGCUUUAUGGCAGUCGUGAUCUGCUUGUUCUUGGCAUCUCUCUGUGUCAUCAAAGUGAGACAAGAGAAGGAGCGUUUCAGGAAGAUCGAUGCCAAGCGCGGAGGCAGGGGAUUCGUCUGA